GUCUUUAUAAGUCAGCGUUGGUUGGAGACUCUUGUCGGAGAGGAGAGCUGACGGUGGGGUCUCGAUGGGGUGGGCAAUUCAUCUUCUCUUUGCUUGCUUCUUUGGCGCCCUCCAAAAGGCGAUGGUUUCGGCUCACGAUGCGGCGGUGCCGGUUAACGUGGGCGUGAUCCUGGACGUCUCAUCCUCGGCCGGGAAGAAGAGCUGGACCAGCAUUUCCAUGGCGGUCGAUGAUUUCUACGCCACUCAUGGCAACUGCACCACGAGAGUUGUCCUGCAUCUCAGGAACUCGAAGAACGACGUCGUCGGUGCAGCAGCUGCAGCUGUGGACCUACUCAAGAACUUCCAGGUGCAGGCAAUCAUCGGCCCCGAGACGUCCACCGAGGCCAGCUUCGUCAUCAACUUGGGAAACCAGAGCCAGGUCCCUGUCCUCUCCUUCUCCGCCACGAGCCCUUCCCUCUCCCCCGCUCGUGCCCCCUUCUUCGUCCGCACCACCCUUAAUGACUCCUCCCAGGUCGGCGCCAUUGCCGCCAUCGUCCGAUACUUCGGCUGGCGCGAGGUGGUCCCCGUGUACGAGGACUCCGAGUACGGCGCGGGAGUCAUCCCCUUCCUCGUCGACGCCCUCCAAGCCGUCGAUUCCGGCGUGCCCUACCGCAGCGUCAUCCCCUCCGCCGCUGCUGAAGAAGAGGUGGACAAGGAGCUGUACAAGCUGAUGACGAUGCAGACCCGGGUGUUCAUCGUGCACAUGCUUCCCGCCCUCGGAGCACGCUUCUUCCAGAGGGCCAAGAACCUGGGCAUGAUGAGCGGCGGCUUCGUGUGGAUCACCACCGAUGGGAUCACCGACGUCCUCGAAGAACUUGACCAUAUCCUGAGGAUCACCGAAGCGAUGCAGGGUGUGAUCGCCGUCCGUCCCUUAGUCGAGAGAUCGGAGGACGUCGUCAACUUCACAGCUAGGUUCAGAUCCAGGUUCCGCCAGGAGAACCCGACCAUCAAAGCGGCUGACCCCUCGGUGUUCCAGCUGUGGGCCUACGACACGACAUGGGCGACCACCAUGGCCGUCGAAAACUUGGGCCCCAAAAGAUCGAGCUUUCGCAGACCCCAGUCCGGGGAUCACUCCACCGAUUUGGACGUGAUCGGUUCGUCCGAAUCAGGGCCGGCGCUGCUCAAAGCCAUCCUGAAUACACGGUUCAAAGGUUUGGCCGGCGACUUCCGGCUUCUGGGCGGUCAACUCCAGUCGUCCGCGUACGAGAUCGUCAAUGUUAUCGGAAAUUCUGCGAGGGUGAUCGAGUUCUGGACACCAAAGCUCGGGAUCUCGAAGCAACUCGACACCGCCGUCGGUGCCGGCCUAAAUUCCAUUAUAUGGCCGGGAAUUUCCGCCGCCGUGCCCAAAGGAUGGGAAAUACCAACCGGUGGAAAGAAACUCCGGAUUGGCGUACCGGUGAAGAAGGGGUUCAACCAGUUCGUCAACGUCGGGUGGGAGCCGUCAACCAACCGAACGGUCGUCACCGGCUACUGCAUCGACAUCUUUAAGGCGGUCAUGGAAGCCCUGCCAUAUGCAGUCACCUAUGAGUUCUUCCCCUUCCGCCCUUCCGCCAAUUCCUACGACCAUUUGAUUUACCAAGUAUAUCUAAAGAACUUCGACGCUGUGGUCGGCGACACGACGAUCACCGCCGAGCGGACGCUCUACGUGGACUUCACGAUGCCGUACACCGAGUCGGGGGUGUCGAUGGUCGUCCCGGUGAAGGAGGACCCGAGAAAGAUGUGGGUCUUCCUGAAGCCGCUGACACCCAACCUCUGGCUCGUGAGCUUUGCCUUCUUUGUGUUCAUGGGGUUCACGGUGCUGGUGAUCGAACACUCGAACGCGGAAUUCGGCAGGCAGCCGUCGGAGCGACUUGGCAAAGUCUUCUACUUCGUGUUCUCUGUUCUCGUCUUCAGCCAAACGGAGUCGUUGAGGAGCAACUUUUCGAGGAUUGCGAUGGUGGUUUGGAUGUUUGUGGUGCUGAUACUGACAUCGAGCUACACGGCGAGCCUGACAUCGAGGCUGACGGUGCAGCAGUUGCAGCCCACUGCGGCCGAUCUGAAACAGCUACUGAGCACCGGGGCGUACAUUGGCUACCAAGAUGGAUCUUUUGCGGCGGAGAUACUGAAGAGGAUGGGAUUCAAAAGCUCCAAGCUCAGGCACUUCAGCACAUCCGAUCAGUACGCCGAAGCUCUACUACAAGGGGGUGCCAAGGGAGGGGUGGACGCCAUUUUCGACGAGAUACCGUACCUCAAGCUCUUCCUCUCGGAGCACUGCAACGGCUUCACCAUGCUCAGCUGGACCUACAAGACCGACGGAUUCGGCUUCGUCUUCCAAAAGGGCUCGCCGCUGGUGCCGGACGUCUCGAGGGCGGUGCUGAACGUGACGGAGGGGGACAAGAUGGUGGCCAUCCAAAACAAAUGGUUCAGAGACACGAUCUGUCCGAGCCAGAACAACGCCGUCACCUCCGCGAGCCUCAACUUGUACCAGUUCUCAGGCCUUUUCCUCAUCACAGGCGUCGUCUCGACGCUUGCGGCGCUGAUCUUCUUGUUCCUCCACUCUCGCAAGAGUACUAUAAGAGGACCAUUGAUCAGGAACAUUCUCCAUGGCCCGCAGAAUCCAAAUCAAGCACAUCCCUGAAUCAGGGAUGCGAGACCAAUCGUGUUGGUCUUUGCUCUUCGUAGUGAUGAUGUCUCAGAGCUUCGUUCACUUUUACUUCGAGGCACCAAAAUAAAGAUCGUUAGUUCUUAUGCUUCA